CGGGAGUCAACCAAGUUUGGCUAACAUCCAUCAACCAGGCCCAGGACACGUGGUCCCAGCCCAGCUCUGCUCUUGCUUUGCUGUGUGAUCUUGGAUCAUGAAGUUCCUGAGGGCAGUGAUCCAAUUCUUUUCCACUCUGCCUUCCCUUGGAUCCAGCACAGGGUCUGAGGCAAAGAAAGGCUCAUUCCCUGCUUAGGCCCACAGACAUGGCCAUGGCGGUGGCCCAGAAGCUCAGCCACCUCCUGCGCAAUCUGCAGCAGGUUGGCCAGGAGCAUCGGCCGUCUCUUCAGCUAGAGCCUGUGUUCACAGUGGACCGAGCUCAGGUGCCGCCCCUCUUCUGGAAGCCGUACAUCUAUGUGGGCUACCGGCCGCUGCAUCGAACCUGGCGCUUCUACUUCCGCACGCUGUUCCAGCAGCACAACGAGGCAGUGAACGUGUGGACCCACCUGCUGGCAGCACUGGCAUUGCUCCUGCGGCUGGCCAUCUUUGUGAGGACCGUGGACUUCUGGGGAGACCCACAUGCCCUGCCCCUCUUCAUCAUUGUCCUUGCCUCCUUCACCUACCUCUCCUUCAGUGCCUUGGCUCACCUCCUGCAGGCCAAGUCCGAGUUCUGGCAUUACAGCUUCUUCUUCUUGGACUAUGUGGGUGUGGCUGUGUACCAGUUUGGCAGUGCCCUCGUGCAUUUCUAUUAUGCCAUCGAGCCUUCCUGGCAUGCCCAGGUGCAAGGCAUUUUCCUGCCCAUGGCUGCCUUUCUCGCAUGGCUUUCCUGCACUGGCUCCUGCUACAACAAAUACACCCAAAAUCUAGGCCUGCUGGGCCGCACCUGCCAGGAGGUGCCCUCGGCUCUGGCCUAUGCGCUGGACAUCAGCCCCGUGGUGCACCGUAUCUUGGUGUCCUCUUACUCUGCCGCGGAUGACCCGGCUCUUUUCUACCACAAGUGCCAGGUGGUCUUCUUUCUGCUGGCUGCCGCUUUCUUCUCUACCUUCGUGCCCGAGCGCUGGUUCCCUGGCAGCUGCCAUGUCUUUGGGCAGGGCCACCAACUUUUCCACGUCUUCUUGGUGCUAUGCACACUGGCUCAGGUGGAGGCUGUGGCACUGGACUAUGAGGCCCGGCGGCCCAUCUAUGAACCUCUGCACACCCACUGGCCCCACAACUUCUCUGGCCUCUUCCUGUUAACUGUGGGUAGCAGUGCCCUCACUGCAUUCCUUUUGAGCCAGCUGGUGCGGCACAAACUCGACGAGAAGACCAAGUGAAGAAAGGUGGCAGCGGGUAGGGAGGGAGAUAUAGUGGGGGCACAAGGGUUUGGUCUUGACUCGAGAUGGGAACAAGGACUGGUAAAGUCGUUUGUGUCUGGCGCGCGGUGACUCUGUGCACGCCUCAACUGCCAAGCGCAGCACUGGCCAUACUUGAAUUUGGGGAUUGGCCAGGAACUGCUGGAGUCCACUCCUGGGCCUGCCCCAGGUCCCUUCCCUGGGAGAGCGAAACAAAUAAAGGUGUGGACCACCCUGGCUUGCCCCUCACUAGGGGUGAGGCUGGGGUCAGCUGGGGUCAGGACACUGGUUUGGGGCUUUCAGAUUGGGUGCCAGGUAAGAUUUAGGCCAGAGUCAAAUUUGAGCUGAGAGGCAGGGAAGGCCUCAGCAACCCACCUCUACCCAGGUUUCAUUGGUGGAUGGGGAAGGGGCAGGCCCAAAGUGUGUGCAGGAUCUUACUGUCCCUUGAACCCCAGCCUGGAAUGCUGGAGCUGCAGGAGCCCUCAAAGGUAGGAGAUUGUGCCAGAUGCAAAUGGAUCCCAUCCAGUGCCCAUCAGUCACCAACCCAGACAGUGAGCCCCAAAUCUUCUAGCUAUGGCCUCUGUGUCCCACACAGCCUGUUUCUAGCUUCUCCCCAGUUCCCUUGUUCAUGAUUCAGUUAUCCAUUCAGUGUUUUCUGGGCCUCUGCUCAGAGGCAGGCUACUGGUUGGGCCCCAUGGAUCAAUGCAGGAUGAUAAAGGCUUUAUGAUUUGUCAAGGAAAGCACUGAGGAGGGAAUAAUCAGUGCUGACCAGGACCCUCAGAGUUUUGGGGUGGGAAGAAUGAAUAGGAGUUUGCAGAUGAAGAAUAGGAAGGGUAUUCCAGGCAGAGGGGAAAAAACUGCAAAGGUCCAGAAGUACUGAAGGAGGAGUUCAGUUGGGCUGGAGCUAGGGCUGGUCUGGACUCUGAUAUGUCCUGGACGGAAUAAAAUGACUGUGACAACA